AUGUGUCAGGUGGUCGAUGAUAUUGACUGCCACGUGACGUCGUCGUUUCGCAUGAGUCAUCCAUUCUCCCAUCCGAAUCUCAUCCAUUCUCCCAUCCGCAUCUCAUCCAUUCUCCCAUCCGCAUCUCCUCUUGUUAUCAUCCUCCCGAUUUCCCUUCCCCUUCUCCUCCCGUCCGCUCAUCCUCAUCUCCUCCCGCCCUUCCGCAUCUCCCCACGUCCUCCCCUCAUCAUUUUCUCCCGUUUCCCCUUCCCCUACUCCCGUCCUCUCAUCCUCAUCUCAUCCCAUUCUCCCUGUCUCAACUCCUCCCGUCCGCCCAUCCUCAUCUCCUCCCCUUCUAACUUCCGCCCAUACUCUCGUCCCCCCUGCUCACUCUCGUCCCCCCUGCUCACUCUCGUCCCCCCUGCUCACUCUCGUCCCCCCUGCUCACUCUCGUCCCCCCUGCUCACUCUCGUCCCCCCUGCUCACUCUCGUCCCCCCUGCUCACUCUCGUCCCCCCUGCUCACUCUCGUCCCCCCUGCUCACUCUCGUCCCCCCUGCUCACUCUCGUCCCCCCUGCUCACUCUCGUCCCCCCUGCUCACUCUCGUCCCCCCUGCUCACUCUCGUCCCCCCUGCUCGCUCCCUUCCCCCUUGCUCACUCUCUUUCCCCCUGA